UUGAGCCACCGCGCCCGGCCUCUGUUCUUAAUUCAUUCCUUUUUCCAUGGCCUCCGGUCACAGCAUAACCAACGAGGAGCUGAAGGCGAAAAAUGCCGAACUACAAGAAAAACUUCGACUUGUAGAAUCUGAGAAGUCUGAGAUCCAGCUCAACGUAAAGGAGCUAAAAAUGAAGCUGGAGAGGGACAAAAUCCUGCUGCCACAGGUUGAAACCAACACUUUGCAGAAGGAGAAGCUGCAGGAGCAGGAGAAGAAGAUAUGGGAGCAGGAGGAGAAGAUACGAGAGCAGGAGGAGAAGAUGUGGAGACAGGAGGAAAGGCUGUGGGAGAAGGAGAAGGAGCUGCACGAGCAGGAGAAGCAGAUGCGGAAGCAGGAGGAGCAGAUGUGGAAGCAGGAGGAGAAGAUGUGGAGACAGGAGGAGAGGCUGUGGGAGCAGGAGGAGCAGAUGCACGAGCAGGAGAAGCAGAUGCACGAGCAGGAGCAAAAGAUGAGGGAGCAGGAGGAGAAGAUGUGGAGACAGGAGGAGAGGCUGCGGGAGCAGGAGGAGCAGAUGCACGAGCAGGAGCAGAAGAUGCGGGAGGAGCAGAAGAUGCGGGAGCAGGAGGAGAAGAUGUGGGAGCUGUGCGAGCAGGAGGAGAAGAUGUGGAGACAGGAGGAGAGGCUGCGGGAGCAGGAGCAGGAGCUGCGGGAGCAGGAGAAGCAGAUGCACGAGCAGGAGCAGAAGAUGCGGGAGCAGGAGGAGAAGAUGUGGGAGCAGGAGGAGAAGAUGUGGAGACAGGAGGAGAGGCUGCGGGAGCAGGAGGAGGAGCUGCACGAGCAGGAGGAGCAGAUGCACAAGCAGGAGCAGAAGAUGAGGGAGCAGGAGGAGAGGAUGUGGGAGCAGUACCAGAGGCUGCGGGAAAAGGAGGAGAGGAUGCAGGAGCAGGAGGAGAAGAUGCAGAAGCAGCAGGAGAUGUGGGAGCAGGAGGAGAAGAUGCGAGAGGAGGAGGAGAAGAAGAUGUGGGAGCAGGAGGAGAUGUGGGAGGAGAUGAUGAUGCGGGAGCAGGAGGAGAUGAUGCGGGAGCAGGAGAAGAUGCGAGAGCAGAUGGAGAAGAUGAAGGAGCUGGUGGAGAUGAUGCAGGAGCAGCAGAGGCUGCCAGAACAGGAGGAGGAGCUGUGGAAACAGGAGAAAAUACAGGAGCAGGAGGAGAAGAUGCAGGGGCAGGAGAAGAAUAUGCAGGAGAAGGAAGAGAGGAUGCGAGAGCAGGAGGAGAAGCUGCCAGAGCACAAGGAGAGGUGCUCAGCGCCCUGCGUCCCCCCCUCCAAAGAUCUUUGUGAUACAAGCCACGCUAGCAGCAUAGCGUCUGCGCGAGGAGAGGCCGGGGACGGUUCUCCCCACGACAACCCCACUGCACAGGUCGUGCACCUGCCUUGUGGGAUGAAGAACGCCCAGGAGCGCCCAGGCUUAGGCAGCAACUCCUGCAUCCCAUUCUUCUACCGAGGAGACAAGAAGAUGAAGAUCAUCGACAUCUAAGAGCCGGCACUGUCAACAAGGCCUACAGAAGUGUUAGCCACCAUGUCACUGUGUGAAUAUAGUCUGAGAAUAAA